AUGUACCUUCUUUGUAAAUUACUUUACAUUACCGUCUUUGGUUUGCUAACGGCAUGCCCACCCUACUUUGCAUUGUAUUAUCAUAAUGUGCUUCGAUUUUCAUCCGACCAGAUCGGCUUUACCAUAGCCAUAGCCCCUUUUGUUCAAUCCAUUGCAUGUCCUAUAUGGGCCUAUGUUGUAGACAAACGUCCAAAUCUUCAUGGCGUUACCAUGGCAAUCACAGGCUGUAUCGGUUGCCUCUCGGUGAUGUGUAUCAUGGGCAUUGGUCAUUAUGUACAAGCCAUGUAUGAUGCUACUCUAUCGACGUUUUCCUCCUCCUCCUCCCAUGGUAGUGGUGAUGCUGGUGACAGUAAUGGAUCGGUUGUCAUGGCAACAUGUGCUCUAUCCCUGGCAUUUGCCUUUUUCGCGUUACCAAAUGUGGCUCUUGUUGACAGUGCAGUCAUGAAAAUCCUUGGCCCUAACAAGAUCCUUUAUGGGGAGCAACGAUUAUGGGGAUCCGUAUCUGCUGGAUUGACUAUUCUUCUUGUGGGUGUAUUAAUGUCAAUCACUAACAAUUUGGACAUGAUGUUUUGGGUAUGCGGUGGCUCGACCUUGUGUUUCAUGGUGUUCGCUUUUAUGACACGCAUCCCUUCUCCUGCAACAUUUGACUACUUGGAUGAUGAGAGCAGUGUACAACAUCAGCACAACGAUUACAUGGAUCCUUCAGCAGGGAAUGAUGAACGCACAAGGCUUUUGCACCAGGUAGCAUCAUCGACACAAUACAACUAUGAUGGCAAGGAAGAUGAAGCAUGGAUUGGGGCCGCAGCCAACCAACUAAAGUUAACCUCCUCCAUUGUAUCGCGUGCACGUACCUUAAGAGAAGAAGCAAAUGAUGCAUUGGAAACAAAUUUGGGCUUGGCAGUAUCACGUGUCUUAUCGGUGGAGCAUGCCUCCGUAUUGCUACCAGCUGCUACAGGAGAAGAAUCGGAUUCAGUACAAGUACCAGAUGGCGCCUCGUUUCGAUCACCUCGCGUUUUGACAUUUUUGAGCACCACCUUGUUGUUUGGUAUCGUGCUAUCCAUUGUUAUCAAUUACCUCUUUUUGUUCCUCAACAAUCAUCUCCAUAUGCCGGCAAGCUGGAUCGGGUGGACUGGUCCUGUGGGUGGUUCUACAGAGCUGUUGUGUUUUUACUUUUCCAAACAACUGUCUGAGCGUUUUAGCGUGACGAAAUUGGUGGUGUUUGCUCAUGUUGUAACCAUUGCGCGUUGUCUUGCCUACACGUGGUUGGUGCCGGACUCGUUUGUAAGCUUUGUGAUUGCGAUUUGUUUGCAGACCAUGCAUGGAUUCGGUUUUGCCAUCUUUUGGAGCACGGCUGUCAGCGAAGUCGAUAGCUUUUUCCCUCCAGAGCAACGUGCUGUUGCUCAAGGUGUUCUUGGUUCGUUGCAUCUUGGCCUUGGCAAUGGCUUAGGUGCGCUCUUGGGUGGUUACCUCGAUAGCUAUCUCGGCUCCCUUUGGAUGUUUCGAUGCAAUGCCAUCCUUUGUGCAUUCAGUAUUCUCGUCUUUGCCAUUGGACGCCUUUCACGCCCCCAACAUGCUUAA